GAGUUUCGAUUGUUGAUUGUAAUUAGUCCUUCGCUUCUUUUUUAGUACGUGACAAAUCGAGAUUUUAGUGCAGUGUUUCAGGGUAACGCGAGAUCUCGCUUGGUAAUCGACUUGUUCUUCUGCUUUCAUUGGGUGCACUAGUUGAGUCUGUGGUGUACAGAUCUUGAACUAACUUAAUAGACCCAAUAAAUGAAAGUAAAAAACGUGAAAGCGCGAAGGGAACCCCACCAUGGAUAAUGGAGACCAGAAACCCUACAGAAAGAAGAGAAUGAGGCUAUCGCAAAGGAGGUUAAGCAGGAGGAAGAAAGCCCGCGAUAGGAGAAAGCGCCUUAGAGAGGAACGGCAGCAGCAGCUAGAAUUGGAGAUGGCGAAGACGGAAAAGGCUGAGCUGCUGACAUUGGAUGACAUGCAGAGACACGGGGACUUCCUGCAGUGUAUUAUCAAGGAGGAGCCAAGUUUCCAACAACCUGAGACGAUAUUCCUUGAUAGCACGGUACCGGAAAAUAAUGGACACGCAGAGGAAGAGUGCAUCUUACCCUUCGAUCCCGAAUUUGAUGCACACUUUCAUCGGCAGCCCGUUAUCGCUGGUCGACGUCUAGUGGAUAUAGACUACUUCCUACAGGAUAUGCAUACCAAGUUCGAUAAUCACUCUCCCACGUGUCCCUGUAACUUUAAGGAUCUCGCUCUAGUUAAUUCUAAGUAUCACGGUACACAAACUGAGAUUAUCAUGGAGUGUCGGAGAUGCUUGUACAAAAAUUCCAUUUGGAGUGAAAAUCCAGGACAGUAAAGAGUAAUAUAUUAAUUUAACGGUAUACAUUAA